AUGUCGUUGUACGUGCUAUCACGUCGUUUAUCAAGUAGAUCAACAUCAACGACGCUACUCUCCUUGCGUUUUACUUCAUUCUACUCAUCCUCUUCAUUCAGGGAAGAACAAGAUACCUUUGGACCCAUUCAAGUUCCCUCCGACAAAUUAUGGGGAGCACAGACCCAGAGAUCUUUGCAGAAUUUUGAUAUAGGCGGUUCCCGUGAACGCAUGCCCGAACCAAUUGUUCGAGCUUUCGGCAUCUUGAAAAAAUGCGCCGCAAAGGUUAACAUGGAGUAUGGUCUUGAUCCUACCAUUGGGAAAGCUAUCAUGCAAGCGGCGCAAGAGGUUGCUGAUGGGAAGCUAAAUGAUCAUUUUCCACUUGUUGUUUGGCAAACUGGCAGUGGCACUCAGAGUAACAUGAAUGCUAAUGAGGUUAUCGCAAACAGAGCAUCAGAGAUUCUGGGCCAUAAGCGCGGUGAGAAGUUUGUGCACCCAAAUGACCAUGUCAAUAGAUCUCAAUCUUCUAAUGAUACAUUUCCAACGGUGAUGCACAUUGCUGCUGGACUGGAAUUAAACUCAAGACUAAUCCCCAGCUUGAAAACAUUACAUUCUACACUUAACGCAAAGUCAAUUGAAUUCAAAGAUAUUGUUAAGAUUGGACGCACUCAUACUCAAGAUGCUACACCUUUGACUCUUGGGCAGGAGUUUAGUGGGUAUACUACACAAGUGAAGUAUAGUAUUGAUCGUGUGAUUAGCAGUUUGCCGCGCAUGUAUCAGCUCGCCCAGGGUGGUACAGCUGUAGGAACUGGAUUGAAUACAAAGAAGGGGUUUGAUGUUAAGAUAGCAUCUGCAGUAGCUGAGGAAACACAUCUGCCAUUUGUAACAGCAGAAAAUAAGUUUGAGGCCUUGGCUGCCCAUGAUGCUUUUGUUGAAACUAGUGGAGCCCUUAACACAGUUGCAGCUUCCUUAAUGAAGAUUGCUAAUGAUAUACGGUUAUUAGGAAGUGGUCCCCGUUGUGGCCUUGGUGAACUCAUUCUUCCUGAAAACGAACCAGGAAGCAGUAUUAUGCCUGGGAAGGUUAACCCUACCCAGUGUGAGGCUUUGACUAUGGUCUGUGCACAGGUCAUGGGAAACCAUGUUGCAAUCACAGUGGGUGGGUCAAAUGGUCAUUUUGAGCUCAAUGUAUACAAGCCAGUGAUUGCCAGUUGUCUCUUGCAUUCAGUGAGACUGCUUGGAGAUUCAUCUGCUUCCUUUGAAAAGAAUUGUGUAAGAGGUAUUGAAGCUAAUAGAGAAAGAAUUUCAAAGUUACUGCAUGAGUCACUAAUGUUGGUCACAUCCUUGAACCCGAAAAUUGGUUAUGACAAGGCAGCUGCAGUUGCUAAGACAGCUCACAAAGAGGGGACUACACUUAAGGAAGCUGCAUUGAAGCUUGGAGUACUGAGCUCUGAAGAUUUCGACAAACUUGUGGUGCCUGAAAAAAUGAUUGGCCCAACUGAUUAA